GCAUCAACAGCCAAUCAGAAGCGGCUUCUACGUCGGGGGCGUGUUUAGGUUCAUCUCCCGCGCCAGCUCCGCCCAAGCCCACGAAAGGCAGAUUGCGCACGCGCAAGGCAAGCCGCAGGGGACGUCGGGAGCAGGUCUCCCUGUGCUUAUAUGUGAGAGAUUCCCUACAGUACUUUUCUAUGAAUGAAAUUGCUGAAUUAAAAGGAAUUUCUUCACAUGGCUGCUGAGGAAGUGACCAUUACAGUGCGCCUCAUUCGUUCAUUUGAGCACCGAAAUUUCAAGUCCGUAGUGUAUCAUGGAGUUAAUUUGGAUCAAACCGUAAGGGACUUUAUAGUAUUUCUAAAGCAAGAUGUCUCUUUGAGGACCAGCCUUCCACCACCAUUCAGAAAUUAUAAAUAUGAUAAACUGAAGAUUAUUCACCAAGCACAUAAAUCAAAGACAAAUGAACUGGUGUUGAGUUUGGAAGAUGACGACAGACUCCUGCUAAAAGAAGACAGCACCCUGAAAGCAGCCGGAAUUGACUGCAGUUAACCCUGGAGAACUGAAAAUGAGGACCAAGAAACCAUGGAUAAGAGGAGACUACUGUACCCAUGAGGGGGAACCACGAGCCACUGUGAUUUUCAGGGUGCUGGGAAGGAAGGCAGUUUCUCUGCCUUGCAUCAAUUGAGGACAUUUGAAGGCGCCCCGUUAUUUUUCCACAGAGCCAACUUAAUGAAGACAGUCCUUCAGCCUUGAAGGCAGGUUCAAGAAGAGGCUCAGCCAUGAUAUUCAGUGAGCAGGUGUGUGUCCCCCUCCUACUGGACUGAUCUGUAAAGCGUCUACUCUAAGCCUUCCAGGGAGACAUUCAGAGUAACAAUGAAAAGGUGAGAAGGCACAGUGGUUUAAAGAACGGUCACCACCUACUUAAUGGAGAGAAAGCAAUUACACUUGCACGGAAGACAGUUCAUUAGUGGCUCCACAAAGAGGUGCCUUCACACCCUCACAGGAGGAUCCAUUUGCAGGCUCCAUGGUGACUCCCGACUUUCAAGGGGAAAAAAAUCUCCCUGGCUCAGUGAGAACCAGGUGCAGCAGCUUCAGCCCCAAAGCAACCCCCACCCCACCGCCAAAUGGGUGGACCUUCAUUUGGCUCCCACCCUUCCCACCACUGCCCAGGGGAGAGGAAGAGAAGGGACCACAGCCCCUGCCCACUGACAUCUCCUCAUCUCCAGGUGCCCGUUAGGUUGCAGGUAGAGCUGUUGUCUCCCUGUCACUUAUGAGUCCCAGCUCCGCAUGAGCCUUGGGAGAGCUGAAGGGGGACUAGGGUGGAGGAUAAAGGCCGGUACUCACCAAGGCCAAAGCCUCUUCUGUACAAAAAAUGGGUAUAUCUCCGCAAAGGUCACAAUAGCAUGAUCUUGCUAUUUAACAUCUGGCACUUGCUUUUAGCUACAAGUUGAAAUCUCAGAGACCCAAUUUUUUUUUUUUAAGCUAAGUAAAUACAAUGGGAAGUCCUGUUAUAUAUGUAAAAUACACGUACAUCUAUGACGCGCACACGUGCGUCAUUCUGAAUAUUACUGUGCACAGUUGCAUCCCAGGAAUUCCAACCUCAAACCACCCCUUUGUGCGUGGACACUCCACAUUGCUCCAUCCAGAAAAGAAAACCCGAACAGGGCUCGGGCUGCCGACCCGCCCGCACCUCUGGAGCUGAAGCAGGCACCUCACACGUGGCUCGUCUUCUCCACCAGGAUGUGGUCUGUGGGUAGCACAAACUUGAUGGCGCCAUCCUUCUCCCAGCCCCUGCGGAUCUUGGCAAGUCUGCGGCUGAAACAUGGGAGGAGGAACAGGGCUUUGGCCAGGAUGACGACGCAGGGGACCAGCAGCGUGAGCGUGAAGGUGGGCGGCAGGUAGAACUUGUAGCGGUUCUCCUCGAAGGCGCGGGUCCAGCCGUAGGUGAGUGUGUGCAGCGUGGUCAGCACCAGGGCCACGAAGCCCAGCGUGGACUGCGGGAGCAAAAGGUAGGAAUGAGCGCCUGCGGAGGACCCCGCGCUCCUGCCAGCCUGGUCCCCGGGGAGGGGCUGUAGAACUCAAGGCUGUGGUUUCCAGUCCCAGCCCAACCACUCAGCACAGGUGCCAUCUAAACUCUCUGACGUGUCACUAGCAGAAAAAUAAGACUUCUGUGUUGAAGGGAUAUAAGGGUUGAUUAAUGCAGAUUCAAUAAGAUAACAAUGCUUCCCCUGC